AUGGAAUUACCAUUUAAUGUACUUUGGAAUUUACAACACACAAUCAACAGCAAAAACGGAACGCAAAACGAUAUAGAGGAGAUUGCUGCUUCACUGGCACGACAACUGGAUGGAUCCAAACCUAUUGCUGCAGCCGUUAAAGAUAUUGUUCGAAAAACUGCUUUGCAACAAACAGCAAAAAAUGCAUUUUCUGCGGGUGUUACGCGCUCAAUUGUUUACGCUUUUACAAAGAUCACAAAAAUGCUGAAGUCGUUGAAACAUUUAUAG